GGGGUGGAAUUGGCAGUGGACUGAUCAUGGAUCACUUCUCAAUGCGGUCUGGAGGCAGGCAGGCAUUCCUGCAGGCGAGUAAAGAGUAGUGCAGAUCGGUGCAGCAAAGGUACGAACAGCGAGAGAGAUCGAGCGCCGGAAUCGCAGGACACCGCGGUGCAAUAGCGGCCGACUCUCGAGCUUCCCAGCGUAGUCAGAGGAGUGUAGUAGAGUGUGAUGGGAGACGGAGCUAGCACUGCUGCUGCUGCUGCUACUGCAACCAAUAAAGCGCAGCAGCGCAUUGAGUGGUUGCGUUGUGUCGAUUGCUCACUUGAUUGAUAAUGGAAAAGUUGAUAGUUGAUAGUUGGAGGGAGGAGGGAGCGAGGGAGGGAUGGACGAAGGAAGGAAGGAAGGCAGACAAGCAGUCGCAGGACGAGGAGGAGGAGGGAUUUUAUUUAUUUGCUGAGUACGUGUGUAAGUCAUCGAAACAGUCACAGGUCGCAGGGGUAGAGUGGCCGCUGCCCCUCCUGUUCCUCCUUCGGUCCAUUGUGCAUGUUAGCGUACCGUUACAUGUCCGUUGCGUUCUAGGAAGGCAGGCAGGCAGGCACAGACAGGCACAACUGCCUACCGGAGCCAACACCCCCCGGGGAAGAAAGUGCUUUGCGAAUGGGAGCACAGGAGAGAGAGAGAGAGAGGUCGAGGAGAGUUGCUGUCUUGGGCACUGCAUGCGAUUUGAAUGGGACGGGCCUCGCCCUAUCCUUGGCGUGAUAGAGGUGAGUGGAUUCGGUGCAGAUUGAAUGAAUGAUUACUGAUUGCGUGAGAAACUCUCCUCCGCUUCCGGAAGUGGUGGGGGGCGCUCGCGGGGGCGGGCCACCAGUACAUACUAGAUUGUAUCCGACCUCUUCUUAAAGGAAUAAUACUAUAAUACUAGUCUGAGGCUGACGGGAUUGGCGGGAGAUGCAAGACGAGAGAGAAGAGUGGAGGGGCGGCGAGACUCGGCAAUCGGACGGAGUCUCGAAGCACCACGAACGUGGAACGAUGACAGAACGAGAAGCGGCAGUCGAGACUCAGAGACAGUUAGAGGUGGCGAGGAGCGUGCUCGAUCGGGGCAUUGGUGAUUGUCUUCGAUGCUGGGGAGAGUAAUUCUGUUUGGAGGAGGAGGAAUUGGAGCACGCGGGAGGCCACCAUGGACAACGUGUGGGAGAGGCUGGCGCAGCUGCAGGUGAGGCAGUUGGGCGACAUCGCGCACCGGCGCAGUUUUCACAAGUACAAUCACAGGGCGUCGACGGACAGCGAUUUCUCGGAUUAUUCGCGGGACAGGAGACGCAAUCCGUUCUCAUUGACGCACAAGAAUCUGCUCGCCUGCCCGCAGCCGUCGGUGCUCGAUCUUCUCGAGAGCACUGGCGAAGGCCAGGAGCCCCUGGUCACGGAAAUCUGGUGCCAUCUGCCCGAGACUCUGAUCGAAGCCAUCCUCCCGCACCUCCCCCUGCACGCGCUGCUGCGCUUCCGGGCCGUCUGUCGAAAAUGGCAAUCCAUGCUCUACUCGCCGAUCUUCCUCUCGUCCUGGCACCAGGGCCGCCGAUUCCACCACUCCGAGAGCCCGUGGUUGAUCUUCCGAGGCUCUGCCCGAGAGUGUGUGGCUUUCAAUCCGAGCAUGGACAGAUGGAUCAAUAUUCCUCUCCACUUCCUCCCGUCCCCGAGAGUGCGAGUGGUGGCCACCGCCGGAGGCUUGCUGUGCGUGCGCAGGAGGGACGAUUCUCUCAUGGUCUGCAAUCCCUUCACCAAGACCUACGUGCACUUGACUCCCAAGCCCUGGAAAUGUAAGUACCCGAUUGUGGGGAUGGUGGCCGAUAAGAACCCCGGGGAGCAGGAUUCCUAUCGUGUCGUCGUAGCAGGAAGCCACGGGAGCGGAGUGCAAGCCACAGAUUUGAAGACCGAGGUGUACGAUUCCAACACAAAGAGCUGGAGUCAGCUGAGAAGCAGGCCUCUGAGGCACCACUUCCAGACCAAUGCCGUGUACUGCAAUGGAUUUCUGUACAGCGCCGGAUUCUCGGUGAUCAUGAUUUACGAUGUGGCGAAGGAGACAUGGAGCGAGAUGAGAGGGCCUCCGGUGACGCAGUGCUCGAAUCUCAUAAUGCCUCAGAUUUGCGAAUGCAGGGGCCGGUUGUUGAUGGUGGAAGUGGUGAGCGAGAGGUUCGUGAUGAGGACGGUCUCGAUAUGGGAGAAGGAUCAGCGUGGCGUCGUCGGAGCGGAGGAGUCCGACGAGUGGGUGAAGCUGGACACCAUGCCCGACAAUUUGCUCGGCGAGGUGAUCGCCAUGUCCAACAGCCGCUUGUUUAGCUACUUCGGCCACGACGAUCUGCUCUGCUUCGUCAUCGCCAGAAGGGAGAUUCUGGCCUACUCUGUGUCGGGAAGAACUUGGAGGUGGCUUCCGAGCUGCCCUUUCGUCCAAGGCUUUGCGCAGCGCUUUGCAGCCUUCCCUUUCCACCCGAGGCUCGACGCUUGCGUUUAGCCGCUGAGAGUGUACAGAAUUCGGUUACGUGCGUUCGGGGUUUGAGGCCAGUCGGCCAUUCUUUGAUGGAUCCUGGGACGAGACGGUCGCGGUGUGCGGUUCGUUUCGGUUCAGUUGGUUUCGAUUGGGUUGGGUUGGGUUCGAUUCGUUGCGUUUCGUUUCGGUUCAGUUCUGUUCGAACAUCGCCAUCAUCAUCGUGUCCAAAAUUUUCUCCAUUCAAUGAUUCUUGCAAACUUCACAAUGUAAAGACAGGAACAAACAGAGAGAUUGACAGACAGACAGACAGACAGACAGACAGGCAGGCAGGCAGACAGAGAGCUCAAAUGGGCCACUGCCAUUCAGGAUGAAAAUUGUAGGUGUGACAGCGGAACAUGGAAUUGUAGAAUUGGACGGACAGGACAGUGGCAUUGGGGAUCUCCUUGCGUCCUCGUCUAUGGCAAUUGUCAAGUAGACGGAGCUCUAUUCUGUGACCGGGAAGGUCGAUAUUGGCCCGAGAGUUAGACGGGUUACUGAAGCCUCUCGCUCCUUCAACAACGUACAAAGCCUAAUGAAAUUCUCUCGUUCGAACGAGGGACACAGAGACAGACAGAGAGGGAAACCUCAUUGUUAUAAACAACAACAACAACAACGACCAGCUGAUAUUGUCUUCGACUCCAUGUUUAGAAUUCUUAUUAUUGAUCACUGAUCGGUCAUUUUACUGGAUUGGUGUUGGUUGCCGCGCUCCACACCUCCCUGACAACUUCGGCUCUUAAGUCAAAUUUGUAAGGACAGUUGAAUAAUACAAAGUUGCCGACAAUAGCAGCUGUUGAUGGCAACCGAAGAUCGACUUGCUUGGGCC